GAGCGGUUAGUGAAGAUGAACUGGGCAACGUUCUAUGCUGUGAUCAGUGGUGGGAGUCGUCACUCCACGGCUCUGGGGCGGGUGUGGCUCUCAGUGCUCUUCGUGUUCCGUGUGUUGGUGUUGGUGGUUGCAGCGGAGAGUGUGUGGAGUGACGAGCGUGAGCAGUUCACCUGUAACACACAGCAGCCAGGCUGCAACAGUGUGUGCUACGACCACUUCUUCCCCAUCUCACACACCCGUCUAUGGGCGCUGCAGCUCAUUCUGGUGUCCAGCGCCGCCCUGCUGGUGCACAUGCAUGUCGUGCACCGAAAGCACCUGCAGAAGAAGCUGCGGCGCCACCACGCGGGUCGGGGCGAGCUGGAGCGGAUCGGCGUGCGGACCACGGAGAUCAGCGGCGCCCUCUGGUGGACAUACAUCCUCAGCCUGCUAGUGCGCGUCGCCUUUGAGUCGGCCUUCCUCUACCUGUUCUACGCCAUCUACCCAGGAUACCGGAUGUUCCGACUGGUCAAGUGCGACGCCUAUCCGUGUCCCAACACCGUCGACUGUUUCGUCUCACGUCCCACAGAGAAAACCGUCUUCACCAUCUUCAUGCUGGCCGUCUCAGGUGUCUGUGUCCUCCUCAACAUCGCCGAGAUCGUCUUCCUCAUCGCCGGUGCUGUGAGCAAACACCUGAACUCCGGCGACCAGUCGCACAUGGGAGCCUGGAUCAGUCACAAACUCUUCUCCUACUAGAGAUACAUUUUAUUUUAGUGGACUCACCACGGUCAGCUACUUUAGUUAACAUUAAUGACAUUGAGUAUCUAAUGAAGUUCACUAACAAUCUAGCUAACAUUAGGUAAACUGGUGUGGUGAUGUCAUACGCUUGAAGUUUGCUGUUGUUCGAAGAAACGUAACCUAAGCCCCGCCCUUCUGACUCAGAAUGGCUAAUUAGAAUCAGAAUUAGCUAAUUAUGUGGUGAGGAAUGUGACCCUGAAUAAAAGUGACUGUUGUAGCUGAGUGAAUUAUAAGUGAAUGAGAGACUGAGUAGGGUCCCUAGGUGGGCAUCAUGCUAUCAUGCUCCCUUAAACAAACAGAAGAUCAGGGGUGUGUGUAUGGUUGUUUCAUCUUCGGAGUUCUUCAGUUCCAUAAUUCAGUUCACCAUUAGAGUGUGAGACACAAGCUGCUCUGAGCCCACUGUGAGGAGGAAACAGUUCCAUUUGCCCACAAUGCACUGCAGUGAAUCAGUCUUGGCUAACAGAAGAGCUGAACUGUAGAGCUGAAUG